AUGUCUUCCUACGCACACUCUUCCACCUCCCCCCAGUUCUCAAACCCAUGGGCCAACACCUCGUCGCCGCAAGCUCCCCAGGGCCUGUACGCCGGCCACGGUCUUGGCUCCGGGUUGGGUCUGGAGAGGUCACACACUGCUAGGACUAGCACUAGCAGCAAUGCCUCGUCUUUGGGUUCUUACGGACAGAUCCCAGUGACGGCAGCUUCAGCAGGUAGUCUCCCCAUGGCAGACCCUCUGCCUAGGACGGACUUACUCACUGUUCCCCAAGAUAUCCUCAGUAUCAACCGCAUGGCUGCCACUUCGGCUCCUGCCUACGGUGAUGCUCCCUACGCAACGGCUGCUUCUCCCGUGAACGGCUCGUAUACGGCGUCGCCCACCCCUUACGAGACAAUGGGCUACGCUCCCGCUCCCAUGCGUUCUACAUUCGCGCUCGCCCCGGAACCCGAACACUCUAGGAGAUUCUCUCACUCGUCAGUACCCUCAACUUCCCUGGUCGACAUCUCGGACCCCAAUGUCUUGGCUCGCCCCCAUCGCAACUCUAUGAUUGACUUUAACAACAGAGGACUUCACCAUCACGACGAACGACGGAGCUUCGCUGACGCUCUCGACGCAAGCCACGGCAUGCUCGCCAUGAGCCAGGAGACUCCUCGCAACAUCUACGGUGCCCGUAGUGACAGGGGAUCGGGUGAUUCCUACGGCUUCCCUUCGACGCAUUCGACUAGCUCGUCCGUCUCCUCUGCCUCUGGAUUCGGCAACUACUACGGUGCCGACUCUGUCAGUGACUACUCCACCGCUGGAUCAGACAUCGAGUCUGUCACCUCCCGGACCCUCCCUCGGCCACACGGCCUCAUGGCACCUCAGAUCCCCCCGGCGCCCCAGUCCAUGAUGGGUCAGUUCAGCUCUAAGGUGUCAUCAAGCACGCAGAAGAAGCACAAGUGCAAGGUUUGCGACAAGCGCUUCACUCGCCCUUCGUCCCUUCAGACGCACAUGUACAGCCACACUGGCGAGAAGCCCUUUGCUUGUGAGGUUGAGGGCUGUGGCCGACACUUCUCUGUUGUCUCGAAUCUUCGGAGGCACAAGAAGGUCCACAAGGGCGACGCCCGGUCUGAGGCCGGUUCGGAAGACCACCACUCUGACUAG